AUGAUUGGUUGGAUGAUUGGCGCCAACUCUCUCUCUGUCUAUAAGUCACAGUUUUGUUACGUGAAGAUAGCCCUGUCGUUAAUUGCAGGGGUAUCGUCUUUGAGUCUCGGUCGGGUUUUUGCCUGUGUCUACCGUCUUCAAGACACUACCACUUCACUACUAUACUUUAUACUUAGCUUUAUAUAUAUACAUACUAAAAUGUUCAAGGUUAUUUUAUUAGUCGCUUUCGUCGCUCUUUUCGCCACUUUGGCCUCUGCUGGUACCUGUACCAUCCCAAACGGCCCACAAUGUCUUUCCCUCGGAGAGUCAUGUAACCCUGCUGACACCGUAGGCUCCCCCGCUAAGGUUGCAUGUGUUGAAUCAUACUGUUAUGUUAACGCUACCUCCACUGGUAACGGUACCUGUACCGCCUUCAUUGAAGAAAACCAAGUUUGCAAUGCCACCCCCGGAAAUGUUCUCUGUAUCCCAGGUACCUCAUGUCAAUCUGACAAGUGUCAACAAUUUGGUUACGGUCAAAAUGGUGACGCCUGUGAAUCUGACUUCCAAUGUGGUGCUUCUUUAGUCUGUACCUCCAAGGUUUGCUCCAUCCCAGCUGUUAACCCAAUCCCAGCCGGCAACCAAUGCCCAUUCGGUCAAUUCCUCAACGGAACCAACUGUAACGCUACCAUUGCCCUCGGUGCUGACUGUACCGCCAAUGUUGGUUCCGGAGUUUGCGGUUACGGAAACACCUGUAACAAGUUCAACGAAACCAACUACUCUUGCAUUGCCCUCUACUCUCUCGCCAACGGUGCUAACUGUUCCGAUGCCACCACCCCUCUCGGUGUCAUUGCUCAAGCUUGUGAUGCCGCUGCUGGACUCUACUGUCACGAUGGUACCUGUGCACCAAUCCCAACCCCAUCCGCUGAAGGAACUACCUGCUCUGGUGUCAACACUGGUUGUGUUGCUAACUUCGAAACCUGUGUCUGCGAUGGUGCCAAGGAAGUCUGCCAACAAUCCUUCGCUCACACCAACGAAACCAUGGGUGAAUGCAAGGACGCCGUCCUCGCCUACUUCUCCUGUAUGACUGAAAACAAGUGUGUCGAUGUUGGUUCAAACAACAACAACGCCUGUACCGAAAAGUGUUCAUCUCAAGAAUGUGACAUUACAUCUGCCUGUUAUAUCGCCAGUGAAAUCGAAAUCACUACCUGUGAUGCCACUGAAGCCGUCAACACCUACACCUGUUCCUCCUCAUCUGCCUCUGCCAUCCAAGCCUCCAUCAUGUUCGUCUUGGUUGCUGCCUUCGCUCUCUUAUUCUAA